AUGGCGUUAGUUGGAAGUCUUAGAGAAGCACAAAGUGCAAAGGGCCCAACCACAAUAUUGGCCAUUGCCAUAGUGAAUUCAGAAAAUAUUUUCUACCAAAAAGACUAUCUGGAUUUCUACUUCCGCGUGACAAAGAGCGAGCACAAGAUAAGUCUAAAAGAAAAGCUCAAGCACAUAUGUGAGAAUUCAGCAAUAAGAAAAUGUCAUUUCUACCUUACUGAGGAGAUUCUAAAGGCAAAUCCGAAGAUUUGUACUUAUAAUGCCCCAUCUCUUGAUGCAAGCCAAGACAUGGUGGUUCUUGGGGUACCAAAGCUUGGCAAAGAAGUAGCAUUGAAAGCUAUCAAAGAAUGGGGCCAACCCAUCUCAAGGAACACCCACCUUAUAUUCUCCACAUCUGCUAGUGUGGACAUGCUUGGUGCUAAUUUUCAACUCACCAAGCUCCUUGGACUUAAUCCAAACAUAAACAGGUUCAUGAUCUAUCAACAAGGCUGUUAUGCAAGUGGGACUUGUCUUCGCCUUGCUAAAGAUCUUGCAAAGAACAAUGUAGAUGCACGAGUUCUCGUGAUGUGCACUGAGAUCAUAGCUAUGUUUUCUCCUAUAAAGCAUGGGUGA